GUUGGUGCUUGUCUCCUGGGAGUCUCCCGGGUGCUAGAUGUGCGGUACAUGGAAAAGGUGGAUGCGCUUGAAGGAUUUCAACAGAUCCGAAGGCUUCGCCCUGCAAGCGCAAGGAGGAGCCUGAUGUUGGCUCUGAAGGAGUAUUUUCUGGGAUUCAUCAACCCUGGCAAGCGUGUGGCCAAUCAGCUCUUGAAGAGGAAGAUGGGGCUGGAUGUCCUUGAACUGCACGCGCUCCGUAAAGUCAGUGGAGUGACUGGCUGGCACAGGCAAGCUCGAUCAAUCCUCGCGCGCUUCAUGGAAGAAAAGCUGAUUUGGAAGCUGGUCUUCCUUUACCAGGCCCACUGUCGCUGGUUCAGCUUCGCCACGCCCUCGCUGAAAGCAAGCUGCACACAGCGCUGUAUGGCUAUCCUUGCAAAGCUGCAUGGGGGCUGGGCUAUUGCAGCCAUUUUCUACGGUUCCACCGCCCUGGCUCCGGGUGAUCCUGAUUGCACCCCUCCAGAGGCGUUCCUCGACAAACUUGUCCGCAGUGCCACCAUUGCUUGGGUCUCUGCAGUCUUUGGGUCGGUGCCCAUC